CUCUCCCUCUCCCUCUCCUCAUGCUCAGGACCCUGAUGCCUCUGUUUGAUGCUGACUCUGGCCUGCUCAUCGUGUCAGCUAAGGGAGACAGUGUUGUGGACUGCUUCGAGGUGUCUGCCAGCGAACCGUUCCUGUCUCAAGUGAGCCACUGCCUGACCGACGCCCCCACCCGCGGCAUCGCCAUGGUACCCAAACUGGCGUUGGACGUCAUGUCCUGCGAGGUGGUGCGCGUCCUGCAGUUGACGGACAGCUACAUCGUACCAAUCAGCUACCACGUCCCCCGCAAGUCAGGGCAGGAGUUCCAUGCAGACCUGUACCCAGACACUCUGGGUCGCACUGCCGCCAUGGAAGCAGAAGAGUGGUGGAGAGGAGGCAACAAACUGGUGGAGCGAGUGACCCUCCACCCAGACCAGCGCUCCAAGUCCAGCUCUCAGCCACCAGCCAAUCAGACACCUGCCAAUCAGACACCAGCCAAUCAGACACCUGCUAAGAAGGAGCUGCCUAGUGGGAGGAGCAAAGAGUCCUCCAGCAGCCCCCUGAGUACCCCCACCAGCAGCACCGCCCCCUCCCGCUCCCCCUCCUCCACCUCCGGCCUCUCCUCUGGGUUCCUGCCCAGCCCCAGUCCCAGCCAGAGCACCAAGACCAUCCACAGCAUGCUGGGACCCAGCUCCAAGUUUCGCCACAUCCAGGGGACGGUGAUGCACAGGGACACCCACUUCACCAACCUGAAGGGCCUCAACCUCACCACGCCUGGCGAGUGUGACGGCUUCUGCGUCAACCGCCAGCGCGUGGCGGUUCCCCUCGCAAUCUCAGGGGGCCAGAUCGCAAUCUUUGAGCUGGCUCAUCCUGGCAAGCUGCCAGACACUGCCUUGCCAACCAUCCAGAACUCGGUCAACGUGGCCGACAUCAGCUGGGACCCCUUCAACACACACCGGCUGGUUGUGGCUGGUGAGGAUGCCAAGAUCCGUGUGUGGCAGGUACCAGAGGGGGGUCUGACUGAGACCCUAACCGAGCCAGAGUGCAUCCUGCAGGGCCACACAGAGAAGAUCUACUCCGUCAAGUUCCACCCCCUGGCGUCAGGCUUGCUGGCGUCCUCGUCCUACGACCUGACUGUGCGCCUCUGGGACCUGGAGUCCGGGAACGAGGUCAAACGGCUCCUCGGACACGAGGAUCAGAUAUUUGGCAUAGCAUGGAGCCCAGAUGGGAAGCUUCUGGCCACUGUGUGUAAGGACGGCAAAGUCCGCAUCUACGACCCUCGCCGCUCUGCUGAGCCCAUACAGGAGGGCACUGGUCCAGAGGGGCACAGGGGGGCUCGUGUGGUGUGGGUGUGUGAUGGCAAAUACCUGCUGGUGUCCGGGUUCGACAGUCGCAGCGAGCGGCUGCUCUACCUGUUCUCCGCCGACGCCCUGUCCUCCGGGGCCGUCGCCAGCGCCCCCGCCGACAUGUCGCCCUCCACCCUCAUCCCCUUCUACGACCCGGACACCAGCCUCGCUGUCCUCACGGCCAAGGGUGACACGCGUGUCUACAUCUUUGAGAUCCUGCCGGAGGCGCCCCAUUUCCUCCAGUGCAGCAGCUACAACUCUCCAGAGCCCCACAAGGGCUUGGCCUUCCUGCCCAAGACGGAGUGUGACGUCCGUGAAGUGGAGGUGGCCCGCGGUCUGAUGCUCAGCAAGACCACCAUAGAGCCUGUGGCCUUCAGGGUCCCCCGAGUCAGGAAAGAGUUCUUCCAGGAUGACGUGUACCCUGACACGGCCGUGUGGUGGGACUCGGCCCUGACUGCCUCCGCCUGGCUCUCUGGAGCCGACGGCCAGCACCGGAGCAUCAGCCUGAGACCCAAGGACAUGACCCUAGUGAGCGAGGCUCCCAAGGAGGCCCCAGUGAGGAAGUACCUGCCCUCUUCUGUCUACCUGGAGGAGAAGACUGAUGAGCAGAAGAAAGAUGAGUUGCUGAGCGCCAUGGUGGCGAAGCUGGGGAACAUGGACGACCCUCUUCCACAGGAGUCCUUCCAGGGUGUGGAAGAUGACGAGUGGGAUGACUAGUGUGUCUGUUGCCUUGUGGACCAAUCAGGGUGCCAGUAUCUACCUGGAUGCCAUUCUUGCGUGCCAACCUACAGCUGUGCCAGACGAUCAACUUUCCAGACUACCCUGUAACCGUGCCAUCCUCUACCCUGUAACCAUGCCAUUCUUAAGACUACCCUGUAACCAUGCCAUUCUUAAGACUACCCUGUAACCAUGCCAUUCUUAAGACUACCCUGUAACCAUGCCAUUCUUAAGACUACCCUGUAACCAUGCCAUUCUUAAGACUACCAACUCAUACCUCCCACACAAAUACUGUGCGUUUAGAACCUGUAGUUUCUCCACCAUACUGUAAAUAGCAUCCUUGUUCUGAUGGCUAACAUUUCCCUUCUUACGUCGGAUAACAACACCAAUAUGGUCCUUAUUUUCUUACUCUCACAGUUGCUUGUAGAUGGAGCCAUAGCUGUUUCUGCAUGCAACAGGUGCUUCAUCCACAUUUGUGCCUGUUUAAUGACCAGCUUGUUUUAAUGCAGCCCUUCCAUUGAUGUUAGGAUGCUCCGGAUCUGUGUUUGACAAUGGCUGUACACUGUUCUUGUAAUCUUGUUGUAAAUGAACAGCAUGCUCUUCUUCAGUACACUCUCUGCUCUUCCGGUUUGUCGCCUAUGCACACAGUACACACACACAGAUCCUGUAGCCUUCCAUCGCUUAACAGAACUGUAUCUGUAAACCAGGGGCCUAGGUUUCACAUGUGGGGGGGCAGCUUUGUUUAACUGAGGACACUCAUUUUCUUAAUGAAAGCGCGGAGGGCAGAUGAGCCUUUGGUUUGAAACCAACGGCCCUGCUGUAAACACACACACACACCUGCAAAUAGACUGUUUAUACAUACCAAGAACUUCCAAGCAAGGUCAACAAGUUCACAGUAAUAACAGACUUGGCAAACAGUUUUUAAAUAAGCUUCAGGUUUUUCAAUAAAUCUUUUUCUUGCGAAUUGUGACUGAGUACGGUGGCUGUCUGGGGCCAUUCCAUGUGUUGAGUUUUUGGGAGAUUGGUGCAAAAAAAAUCAUCUCUAUGGGCCAUAAAAAUAUAUUUUCCACUGGGUAAGAGUCAUGUAAUGGAUGUCUAACCUUCUCUGUAUUGAAGUCUUACAUGUUCUGGUGUUUAAUAUGGUGGAUGUAUCUCUUUUAGUUUAUUUUUAUGCUGUUAAACUGGAAUCCAGCUCACCACAUAACUUUCCAGCCAUAUGGGCAUUCCGUACUAAUGGAAACAUCUUUUCACUUGUUUUAUAUCACAUAAAGCAAUCCUUAUGUUGACUUAUGUUGCAACAUACAGUAUUAAUACUUUACAAUACAAUCAUACAGCCAUGAAAACUUAGUUAAAAUCAGGGCUACAGCACAAGGCAAUAUCUUACCCAGGCUUAAACCAAUUGUGUUUACAGUUUCCAGAGACUGGAAGUCCCUGGUUAAUAUACCAACCAUGCAUGAUAGGGGUGCACAUUAUGAUGUACUUGAAGAGUUAAACACAUUCAUGUGUUGACUGUUCGGUGUCCUUGCUAUGCUUGUGUAACGUGUUUGUGCCUGUAAUCUCCUUUGGGAUAUUAAUGACAUACCUUCCGUGUGUAAAAGCACAACAUUUUAUACAGUGGAUAAUAAAAUUGUUUUCUCUUGG